AUUAAAAUUUUAUAAAAUAUUUAAAUACGAUUAAAGAAAUAAAAAUGAAUAAAAUUAUGCAAAUUCCUAAAGAGCUGUCGGGAAUCAUUCCUAAAUUCGAUGGAGACGAAAGCUUAUUAAACCUAUUUAUUAGGAAAUGCGAAUAUGUAAUUAAAUUAAGUAGAGAAACAGGUAACCUAGAACAAGACAUAUAUAUUUUUCAAGUAAUCACGUCUAAGUUAGCAGGCAAAGCCGCAACUUUAAUUAGCGAACGACCUGAUAUUGAAACUUGGAACGAACUCAAAGCCGCGUUUGAACAGCAUUUCGGUGAUCCGCGUUCCGAGGAGUGCAUAGCAAUCGAAUUAGAAACGUUGAAAAUUAAGAAUGGCGAGUCAUAUCUAGAUUUUUGCAACAGAAUUCAACAUAUUAAAAGCACAUUGUUUGCGAAGGUAAACAGAAUCAGUGACGCAAAUCUGCGCAACAGUAAAAUCACUAUCUAUGACCAUAUGUCGAUGAAUGUGUUUCUUUAUAACUUACCCGAGGACCUAUUACGCAUCGUGCGACUAAAAGGUUGUACCUCGCUUGAAAACGCCCUAAGCAUUGUCUUAGAGGAAGUAAAUUUCUUAUACCAAUAUCAGACGAGAAAUAAAAUGUUUAGAUCACAUAAUAACACACAGCAAAAGCCACAAAUAACACAAAAUCCUUUUAUAGAUAAGAACGUUAUGAAACCCUUCUUUUCUAAAGACACGCAACAAAAUAACUUCAAAUUCGGAAUACCCCAGCAAGGUAACUUACAAACUAAACCUAUCUACCAGGCGCAAUAUAGACAAUCGCAGCCAAAUUUUAAAUUCGGUAUCACACCAGGUACAUAUAACACAAAGCCGAUAUAUCAAACACAACCUAAAUUUACUCCAAGUAAACAAUUUAAAGUACCCCAGCAACAAUUUGGUUAUAGACCACCAUCCCAUUUAAUAAGACCACAGUUUCAACCUAAGUUGCAAUCUACGGACGUUAGCAUGCGUACCGCACCCCCUGUAAAGCCUCAAGCUUUGCACAUGAACCAAUUAUACAACAACGAAGAAAAUGACAUUCAGUAUGACGAAAAUGAAUACUAUGUUGACGAAAAUAAUGAAUAUUACCCAGAUGAAAAUAUUAACUCUCUUAGUGAACAUAACGAAUCUCUAUUAAAUGAAGACGAAAAUUUUCCCAUAAAAGCCUUAAACAAAAACCCGAAAUAAUAUAUAUAAAUUACUGCGACCCUAAACUAAAAUAACCAUAUAUAGAAAUCCCAGAAUUAAAUGCAAGGUUUAUGAUAGACACCGGUAGUUCAAGAUCGUUUAUAAGUCCUGAAAAGGCUAACGAAUACUUUCAUAAUUGUAAAGAAUAUGAGCCUUUUGAGGUAAUCAGUACACACGCGUCAAGUUUCCAUAAUGAAGUAAUUUUAACACAACUGUUUCCCAUCUUUAAUACGAAUAAAAUUCACAAAUUUUACAUAUACGAUGUAGACGGAAGAUACGACGGACUAAUAGGUAGCGAUCUUCUCAAACAGUUAAAUUCUAAAAUAGACAUGAAAAAUCAAAUACUAUAUACAGAUUCCACAAAAAUUCCAAUUAUUUACAAUCCAUCCAAUGAAAUUAAAAUCGCACCCCGUUGCAAACAACGAGUUAAAUUACCCACUAAUAUUUUAAAUGGCGAAGUAAUUUUAAAUUAUACGGAAUUUUGUAAUGGCGUUAGAAUGCCAAGCGCACUUGUUAAAUGUCAGAAUGGUUACGCAACCACAGUAAUUCAAAAUACAUUGGAUAAAGAAAUCACCUUAAAGAUAACAAAACCCUUUGACGUAACCCCAUACA